AUGGUGGCUACCCUGGUCAGUCCUAUCACCACCAGCAGCCACCACCGCAGCAACAAAAUCCAUAUGGAUACAGCCAUUCACCGCAGCCGCCUCAAUCCUAUGGCCAUCAGGUGUGUUUCCCACGGCCAUACUGCUGCAAAAUUCCAACAGAACUCACUGACAUUGCGUAUUAAUAUUCAGCAGGGACCUCCAGCUGGGUACCAGCAACCGCCGCCCGGUCCGCCCAUGCACGGUCGACAGCCAGGAAGUUUUGGCCCAUCGUCAGGUGGUCCACCUCCCCCGCCCACUGCGCCCGUCGCGUUCGGUCACGGUGCCCCUCAGGGAUACAGCUUCCAGUACUCGCGCUGCACUGGAAAAAGAAAAGCGCUGCUCAUUGGAAUCAACUAUUUUGGUCAGAAGGGACAACUCCGCGGAUGCAUCAACGACGUCAAGAACAUGUCGUCUUACCUGAACCAGAACUUUGGCUAUGCCCGUGAAGACAUGGUUCUUCUCACCGAUGAUCAACAGAAUCCUAUGAGCCAGCCCACCAAGGCGAAUAUCUUGCGCGCAAUGCACUGGCUAGUCAAGGAUGCACAGCCUAAUGACUCCCUUUUCUUCCAUUAUUCGGGACAUGGCGGUCAAACGCCAGAUCUCGACGGCGACGAAGAAGACGGAUACGACGAAGUCAUUUACCCCGUGGAUUUCCGAGUCGCAGGCCACAUUGUCGACGAUGAGAUGCAUCGGAUUAUGGUCAAGUCGCUUCGACCUGGCGUGCGACUGACGGCGAUUUUCGAUUCUUGCCACUCAGGCUCUGCACUGGAUCUGCCCUACAUUUACUCCACUUCCGGCAUUCUCAAAGAGCCCAACCUGGCCAAGGAAGCGGGGCAGGGUCUUCUGGGUGUUGUGUCGGCAUACGCGCGCGGUGACAUGGGUAGCAUGAUGUCCACUGCCAUGGGCUUCAUCAAGAAAGCCACCAAAGGCGAUGAAGUGUAUGAACGCAACAAGCAGACCAAGACGAGCCCUGCGGAUGUGAUCAUGUGGUCUGGCAGUAAAGAUGAUCAGACGAGUCAGGAUGCUCAGAUUGCAGGCCAGGCUACAGGUGCUAUGUCGUGGGCUUUCAUUGCCGCCUUGCGCAAAAACCCACAACAGAGCUAUGUGCAGCUGCUCAACAGCAUUCGUGAGGAGCUUGCAAGCAAAUACACCCAGAAGCCGCAGCUGAGUUGCAGCCAUCCCCUUGACACGAACCUUCUUUACGUGAUGUAA